ACAAGGUGACCACAAGUGUUCAAGUAACCAAGCUGAGUAGACUGUGUCCUGUCAGGCAUCAUAUAACAGAAAGUGUUAUUUGUUUCUUUUGCUGAAACUGGACUUCGAAGUUUUACCAUAGGUUUCACCAGAUGAUGAAGCUAUGAACCUUGGUCGAUAUUUAUUUUGAGCGUCAGUUGUUGUCAUUAUCAUAUCUGUGGAGGCAGUUUGGGUUUUGGCGUUGUUUAUGUUUUAGUAAGUUGAAUGAAAUACAGUAGUUAUGUCAGCGGAAGAAGGACCGGAGUUACGUGAACUGAUUGCUCAAACACUAGAAAAUAAUGGUGUUUUGGCGAAAAUUAGGGCUCAGCUAAGAGCAAGUGUUAUCUUGGCAAUCGAAGACCAAGAAGCAUUUCAGACAAAGCUUCCAUUCACAAAUCAACCACUGAGAACAUUUUUGAAGACCUUUGAAGGUGCUUUUAUAACUUGCUUGGUACGGGAGUUUUUAGAGUUUUUUAAUUUGGAUUUCACUUUGUCUGUAUUUGACCCUGAAACAUUCCAUGGAAAGGAAUACAGCUAUGGGGGACGGACAGAGCUUAUGAAAGAAUUAAAAUUACAAAACAACAGUGAAAGAAAUGCUCCAGUCCUGUCAUGUCUUCUGCAGAAUGUUUUAAAACAUCGUGAAAAGCCAACCGAAAAUGACAUAGCCAGUAAAAAGUCUGACAUACUGUCAGUACCAUCACAAGAUGCUAGUGUGGCAGAUAGUGUGCCAGACACAAGUAGGAUUUUGGAUAUAAGUCUGAAUGAAGAUUCAGUCUCUGUUCAAACCAGAAACAGACAGAAGUCUCAAGAAAAAUAUGGCCCAACUGAAGAAACAGUCAGCACCAGUAAGAAGGAUGACAGUAGCAAAAUAUCAAAGGGAAGUGUGAGCCAUACAUCAUCUAAAUCUGAGAAGCCACCACCAGCCACAGCUGGGAAAAGAGAUACUGAUUUCAGUGAUGGAAUAUAUUUACAACAUGGGAGCCAACUAACUUCACUGAGCAACUUGCCUCCCCUGGCUGGCAUGCUUAAGAAUGAUGUUAGAGCUACUGCAGUGCAGAUGUCUAAAAGUUCUGAAGGGGACAGAAGCAUGAAGCCAUUGAUCAAUUUAGGGAAUGAAACUGCUGACAACUAUGAAGAAGAUUUUCAGUCUUCUGUGAGUGGCAGUGGUCAGGGAGGAAAAAGUGGCAAACUUACCACACCUGGAAGUGAUACUGAGAUAGAGGAAGAUAUUGGCACUGAUGAUAUUUUGAGUAAUGCAUCAGUGACUGAUGACCUCACAGUUGAUGUAACAGCUUCAAACUUGAGUGGUGUUGGUGACUAUAUGGAGAAUAUAAGCUGACAAGAUCUCUUUACACACUAAUUACCUGAAGAGUAUAAAAAACAAUGUUAGGAAUUAUGCCUUGGUGUAAAAAAAAUGCAGUGCUAGCAGUUUGGACUGAUAUAUGCCAUAAAACUGAUUCAGAUUUGUUCAAUACACAUCUAUGUUUUGAAGCAUUGACUAAUAAUGUAAAAUACUGAGUGAAUAUAUGUUUCACGUAACUAAGUUCCAUUUACACCGUAUUUGUGAAAGUAAGUCAAAUAUCUGGAAGCACGCAGACUAUGUUCUCUGCACCCUAUGCAAGUAAAUAAUCCCAAAACUGCAGAAAGAGGGAAUGAUCCACAAUUAUAAUUGUACGAUUGUAAACAUUUUAGGGUAAACAAGAUUACAUGAUAUUUAUUAAUAUAAAGGCAGUUUUAUUACAAACCACAAUUACAGUAGAAAGAAUGGUGCAGACACUAUAUAUCUGAACAGUGUUAACAGAGGUUAAGUUUUGAAAAGAUAAAUAUUUUCAGCAGCAAUAUUAAAAAACAAUUCUUCAAAUUGAGGUCCUAAGUGUUAGGGUAUGACCUAUGUAAACCUGAACACACUCAGAAAGUAUGUAUGCUGGUGAUAAUAUAUGUAUUUGAUACUUAAUCAAGAGCUUAUGUUAUGACACACCUUUUCAUUACUGCUACUUAAAGUGUGCUGUGGUUACCACAGAUGAAACUACUACUCUGCAAAGCGAACUGGUUACCUGGUCAUUGUGGUAACACUGAAUGAAGUUCCCAUUUAGAAAAAGAACAGAAAUGUAACAAACAGUGUAUCUCACCUUGGACAUUCAUGACAUUUUGCUUGCAGUAUCUGUAAAACUACCUUCCCUGGUAAUGCUGCUAUUUUCCAACAAAUGUUUCUGCUGAUUUGUUAUAUUUUCAGUUUCCAUGUCCAGCACAUUGCACACUUUAUUUAUGUGAUACACAGCCUUUCCAUCUCUACUCUUCUGAUGUCACAACAGUAAUUUGACAGCACUAAAAGCAAACUGGCUGUAUGGUCUAGUAAAUGUCGUUUUUGGCUAGCAAUGCUGAGAUCCAAAGGCUGAUUCCCAAUGAUCAUUUCAAAUUUUUAUCUGGAUGAAGGGUUUGGAAGGAGGUCCUGUCAGCCUUUUGUGGGACCAACUGAAAAAGCUGCUUGAAUAUAAAGCAGAAUUGUGUGCAAGUCACUGACAUAAUAUUCCUUCAAAAGGCUUUCAUCAGGCUAGGUCACACAUGACAUUUAUUUAUUAACAACGAAAGCAUCAGCCGUUACUUUUUCAGGUCAAAGAGCAAGUUGCUUGAAAUAUUAUGACUAUGAAUCUUACUCUUCGUAAAAUUCCAAACCAGUAUUACAGGAUUUAGGUCUGGCUCAUUUGAUGUAAAAUCACUCAAAAUAAAAUCUUGGUGCCAUACUGUCACAGGUGUUUAUUAAAAAUUGGUGCAAGAAAGUACAUAAUGAAAAAAGACUAAAAUACACUUAAUUUUCACAAACUGUUGUCUGUAGGGAAGGUGGAUUAAAAGUUUGUAAGCAUUAUAAUGUCUUUUAUUUAUGAAUUACUUUUAUUAAAUUUGAUGUCAUUAGAAAGAGAAAAAGAUCCACUAUGAUAUAAAGUUACUGCUGUGCUGGAAUUAUGCAUACUAAUACUUACAAAUCUGUAAUGAAAGUAAUUUCUAAAGACCUUUUUUCCAAAUUUUUUGCACUUAAAUCACAAGUUUCACCAUCAUAAUUUUUGUUUCGCAUGAUGCCUAUAAUCAUACUUUCC